UAGUGUUACCCCAAGACAAUGGGUUUCAGGCUCUGAUUAGGGUUUUGCCAUAUGUUGAAAAAUGUUCAUGUAUGAGCUUGCAGGGAUCUAGUUACUAUAUAUAUAUAUAUAUAUAUAUUAGGAAGUGCAACUGAAGUCCAUGAAAUGCAGGAGUCACAGAGAGAGAGAGCGAGAGAGAGAGAGAGAGAUGAAAGGAAAAAAAAACUGUGCCUGAAUUCUUGGUGUACACCUUCGAUGGCUGAUGUGCAUUUAUUGAGAGCAAAAGAGGGGGUCAUUCAAGAAAUGGGAAAAAUUAACCGUUUACCUUCAAGAAACUAAAGAAAUUCAAGAACUAGUGUCCUUAAAAUCAGAAAAUGAGAUUAAGAGAAGAUAGGUCUCAUGGUGUGAAGAUGGCUUCAUCGAGUUCUUCCAGCUCACCCUGUGCCGCCUGCAAAUUCUUGAGGAGGAAGUGCAUGUCUGGUUGUGUCUUUGCACCCUAUUUCCCACCAGAAGAGCCACAGAAAUUCGCUACCGUUCACAAGAUCUUUGGUGCAAGCAAUGUUACAAAGCUACUCAAUGAGCUUCCCCCACAUCAGAGAGAAGAUGCAGUGAAUUCCCUUGCUUAUGAAGCCGAAGCGAGAAUUAAGGAUCCGGUCUAUGGCUGUGUAGGGGCGAUCUCUUUCCUGCAGAGACAAGUCCAAAGGCUUCAGAAGGAACUAGAUGUUGCCAAUACUGAUCUGAUUCGAUAUGCCAGCAACGAAAUCCCGGGGACAUUGCCUGCGCAGUUGCAAACGCAGAGAAGGUCUCUGGACUUUGGUAGAAGGAUGGGUGAUGGAGGAGGUUCUUUUCACCCAGUUUCUGAUUUUCCUCUUCCAUUCCCUCCUCCUCCAUGGCCUGACAACCCUAAUUCAAGAAAUAUUCAUGGUGGUGGAGGUGGCAAAAUAUGACUCAGAUGGGCACCUUUAGAAAGACAAAGACCAUCUAGCUAGCUAGGGUUUAUCUCUCAUGGUAUGUACUCUUAUUUUGGGAAUUUGUGAAGGUUAGCACUUUCAGAUUAUACAGUUAGAUAUGGACUGUUGUUAGCUAGAUGUUUGUUGCAACUGUUGUUUAAUUGCUUUGGUUCGAAAAAUUAAGGUUCUACCUGAUUUAAGCUUUAACUGAGGAGACUCUAAUAUUCUAUCGGUUUUACAAGAUAUAUAUGGGAUUUGGGUGAA